UUAAUGCCGCGGAACACGUCGGGAGCUCACUCACCGACUCGAGAACACUGGACGAGGCCGAGGAGGUCACCGAGAGGUCGCAUUAAAGUUGUUGACAGUCUCCACACUACCCGAGCCUUAGGUCACCAUGGUUCCGUCGACGAGUCUUCUGCUCCUGUUGGUGGGAGUCUUUGGCGCCGCGACUGCCGCCCCCCGAGACGCCCCCCGCGCCACCCUGGACGACGUUCACUUCCUGCUGUGGACGAGGAGUAACUCAGGGGACGACCAGUACGUGGAGCUGACUGAAGGGGACCUCAGCAGCCUGGGCCCCUUCAACAGUGCCGACCCCACGGUGGUGCUCGUGCACGGCUUUGCCAACAGCGGCAACGGAAGCUGGCCGGUGGACGCCAAGACAGAGCUGUUGACGCUCGGCUCCUACAACGUCAUCGCGGUGGAGUGGAGCCAGCUGGCGGCGGCGCCCUUCUACCCCACGGCCGUGGCCUCCGUGCCUCAGGUCGGGGCCCUCACGGCGAGUCUCCUAGACUGGCUGCACGACGCGGCAGGCAUGGACGCCUCCGGGGUGCAGGCUAUCGGCCACUCCCUCGGGGCUCACCUCUCGGGAGCCACCGGGCAGAACUUGAAGAGCUUCCGCCUUCCCUUCAUCACGGGCAUGGACCCCGCUGGACCUUCGUUCUUCAACGAGCCGGCCUCAAGCCGCCUUGACAAGACCGACGCAGACUUUGUCCAGAUCAUUCACACCAACGGCUGCGGUGUUCUGGAUGCGUGCGUGGGGCUGCCGGAUGUGAUGGGACACGUGGACUUCUACCCCAACGGUGGCGAGCACCAGCCGGGCUGUACCAUUGGCGGGGACUGGAUGGACCUGCUGGUUGGUGGGUGCAGUCACGGCAAGGCUUUCAAGUACUGGAUGGAGAGCAUCAACGGGGAGUACCCAUUCACAUCGCGCCCUUGCCAGGAUUGGGAAACAUACUUGGCCGGCGGCUGCGAGUGUAGCCAGGGAUGUCUUGAAAUGGGCUUCCAUGUGGACCGCAGCCUGGAAGGAUCUUACUACCUCGAAACUAACAUGAAUAAACCCUACGCUCAGGGUGCCUUCCGCUCGCACUGACUCUAAGCCACGGUGCAGCGGAGGAGGACAAACUCAUGUGUCUUGUUUGUCGCCGUCCGUGUCACGUAAUUCCAGUACUCGACGCGCCGCUGCCCUGGCUGAUCGUGCUCCUUCCCUCACAACCUUCUGCGUCUUUAUCCAAUGCGGAGACACAAGGAAGGCACAGUAAAACGGAACAAUUGGCAGAAUGAAGAGCUUUAGACGGCUCCUUUUUCAUGUGGACAAGUGGAGAAGACGAUUUCAGGAUCCCUUGGACCGCUUGACUGCGCUGAGGGAUCAUCCUUCGAGACAGGACACUCUAGAAAGCUAAUCAUCAUCAUCAUCAUAAUUUUCCGAGGGUCAACGGGCGACGAAAUGACCAGCGCGGCGGCAGUUCUCAUUACUCAUAUUUAGUUAAGCGAAGUCUGCAGCAACAGUUGUAAUAAAAAAGAUAAUGCA